AUGUCCUCCAAAAAGAUGGCCGCACUGGCCAAUGACGACUCUUCCGACUAUGAGUCUGAGAAUUCCGACAUUGAGAUCUCCUACGAGCCCGAGCGCCCCAAACAACAUGUCGAGAUCGCCGAGAAGGAUGAGGACGAAGAGGAGCUCGAGCGCCUCGUCCUAGGAGGCAAGGCAAGCUUUCGGGAGCACCUGUUCAAGAGCCUCGAUGAGACGGGUGAGGGCUCUCUCGAGCUCCUGCGUCUCGACGAGGGGGCAUUGGAGGCGGAGACUGGCCACGAGGAUGCAGACGACGCGGGGUUGUUCUUCUACGACAGCACAGCGGCGCCCGGCAAGGACUUGCAGAUUGCUAAGGCCGUGGGAGCUGCUGGUGAAGCGGCCAAAGAUGGAGACGCACCGGCAUGGGAAGACAGUGACGACGAGAGGUUGUCCGUGUCGCUUGCGGGAGUGAGCAGGCUGCGGAAGCUGAGAUUGACCGAGGGCGAAGACAUUGUCAGCGGAACGGAAUACACACGGAGGCUACGGCAGCAAUUCUUGCGGUUGAGCCCCCUCCCAGCAUGGGCUACAGAGGCCAAGAAGCGGCGCACAAAGAGGAGGCGCAGGUCAUCCGCGGCGUCGGAUCUGUCAGACAGCGACGUCGAGGGCAGCGGAGACGAGGUCGACUCGGCGCUACCGCUCGAUAAGUUCCUGCGGAGUGCCAGCGCGCUCAAUGCCGGAGCGACGAGAAAGAAGCGCAAGCUGCGGCCAGAGGUUAUCGACAUCCAGAAGACGAGAGACAUCCCCGACUCGCACAAGGGCCCCGUCGGCACCCUCGCUUUCCACCCCCAACACCCCGUCCUCCUCUCCUCGAGCACCUCCUCCAUCAUCAACCUCCACCACGUCGCGCCCACCGCGCACCCGACACCCAACCCGCUCCUCACCUCGGUCCAGAUCAAGCAGACUCCCAUCAGGAGGUCAGAGUUCCUGCACCCAGACGGUAGCCAGAUCGUCUUCGCAGGCCGCCGGCGCUUCUUCCACAGCUGGGACCUCUCGACGGGCCAGGUCAGGAAGAUCAGCAAGGUUGCGGGCCACCGGCUGGAGCAGAAGACGAUGGAGCGGUUCCGGACCAGCCCCUGCGGGCGGUACAUGGCGCUGAUCGCGACGGACCGCAAAGGCGGCGGCGCGCUCAACGUGCUGGCCGUCGACACGAUGCAGUGGAUCGCGCAGGCGCGGCUCGACGGCCGCGGCGGCAUCGCCGACUUUGCGUGGUGGAGGACGGGGGAGGGCAUCACGAUCCUGGGCCGGGACGGGCAGGUUGGCGAGUGGAGCGUCGAGAGCAGGCGGUUCCUGGGCGUGUGGCGCGACGAGGGCUCCGUCGGCGGCACGGUCAUCGCGCUGGGCGGGCACUACGGCCCCGCGGCGCUGGGCGGCGACAAGUGGGUCGCCGUCGGCUCGACGACGGGCAUCGUCAACAUCUACGACCGGCACGAUCUGCUGGCGACGGCGGCGGCGGCGGCGACGGCGACAGAGCAGGAAGAGGCGCAGACGGUCAAGCCGCAGCCGCAGCCGAGGCGCGCGUUCGAGCAGCUGACGACGCCCGUCACGGUGGUCGCGUUCACGCCUGACGGGCAGCUGCUGGCGUUCGCCAGCAAGCACAAGAAGGACGCGCUGCGGCUGGCGCACCUGCCGAGCUGCACCGUGUACCGCAACUGGCCGACGGAGCAGACGCCGCUGGGCCGCAUCUCGGCCGUGGCGUUUGGCAGCGGGAGCGACGUCCUGGCGGUGGGGAACGACAGUGGCAAGAUCAGGCUUUGGGAGAUACGGGCUUGA